AUGCCGCCUGACGCCCGGUUCGAUCACAUCCAUAUCGACCUCGUCGGACCUCUGCAGCCAUCCCAAGGUUUCACGUAUCUGCUAACGUGUGUGGAUCGUUUCACCCGUUGGCCCGAAGCAAUACCACUACGCGACUGUACAGCCGAGUCAACCGCACACGGCCUGCUACAAUGGGUGUCCCGUUUUGGCACUCCAUCAGUGAUCACCACCGACCGUGGCAGACAAUUCGAGUCAAGCUUAUUCGCUGCAUUGUUGAAGCUACUCGGAUCCUCCCGCCUACGCACCACUGCGUAUCACCCCCAGAGUAACGGCUUGGUCGAGCGAUUCCACCGCCACAUGAAGUCCUCUCUGAUGGCACAGGCAUCCGGCAGCUGGUCACACAAUUUGCCCCUGGUCAUGCUCGGCAUCCGUGCAGCGUACAGAGCCGAUUUAGACUGCAGUGUAGCCGAGCUCACCUACGGCACAACACUGCGUCUUCCUGGUGAAUUCUACGAGCCCAGCUUUUCAACCUCACCCAGCCCGUCUCACUAUGUCCAAGCCCUCCGCACAUCUCUGCAGGCAUUACGACCCACCACUCCCAGAUCCAGCAACCGUUCCGUGUGGGUGUCCGGCGACCUAGCCACAGCGACGCAUGUGUAUGUCCGCACGGAUGCUGUGCGUAAACCCCUCCAGCCGCCCUAUCAAGGCCCGUUCAAGGUUAUCUCUCGACACAACAAGUACUUCACCAUACUGCUCAAUGGCAAGGAGGAUAGUGUCUCCGUUGACCGGCUCAAGCCUGCGUAUCUCCCCGACACUGCCGCGAGUGCGCCACCUGUCUCGGCCAUCCUGCCAGCGACCACCCCAUCUGGGUCAGUAUCAAUUCAGCAUCGUAUUGUCCGUUGGCAUGAGUGA